GGUGAUAGCGGUGAUGAUUGUUGGCAUUGUACUUAGGCUGUGCUCUGGCGUAAUGCGUGAUACACGUGAUACUUGUUCUUUCUUAUAAUUUUAAUAUUGUAUUUAUCGAUUCUUUUCCUGCCUCUCUCUUAUCUCCAUUAACUUAGGGGCUUUGCUAUUCUCUCAUCAGAAAGGAAGCACUCCCCGAAAACCACCGACCAGUUUUGUCAUUUCUGUGUCAACUGUCACCUAUCUUAUCAGUUUCAUCUGUAAUUACUGAUAAAUGUCCAAUUAUUUCUCCUAAUUACCUCUUCCUUUCAUAGCUGUUAAUUUGAAUAAUUUUCCACUGGCAGUCUCUGUCCCCGGUAGCUACCAAACCCAAGAAACAAUGUCUUCUUUGCCGGAUACCUUAUCAACGCUAUUCAAGUACAUAGAUGAUAACAAAGCAGCUUACAUCAAACGUCUGAGUGAAGCUGUGGCAAUUCCAUCAGUGUCAGCUGAGCCCGAACACCGAGAUGAUAUCACUACCAUGGUGAAGUAUGUGGAAACGCUGUUGAAGAAUUGUGGUGCCGAAGUUGAACUGUGUGAUCCAGGCCAUCAGACUUUACCGAAUGGCACCAGUCUUAAACUUCCACCUAUCCUCCUUGGUAAAUUGGGAAACGAUCCAACAAAAAAAACCGUUGUUAUCUAUGGUCAUUUGGAUGUACAGCCAGCAGCCAAAGAAGAUGGUUGGGAUACGGAACCGUUCGUACUCACAGAGAAAGAUGGAAAGCUGUAUGGACGUGGAUCAACUGAUGACAAAGGACCAGUGUUGGGAUGGAUAAAUGCCAUUCAAGCUUAUCAAGCCUUGAAAAUACCCAUUCCCAUAAACUUAAAGUUUGUCUUCGAAGGUAUGGAGGAAAGUGGUAGCCAUGGUUUGGAUGAGCUUUUAAUCCAGCGCAAGGACUCUUUCCUGAAAGAUGUGGACUAUGUCUGUAUAUCAGAUAACUAUUGGCUGGGAAAAGAUAAACCUUGCCUCACCUAUGGUCUAAGGGGUAUCUGUUAUUUUGGAAUCAAAAUUAAGUGUGCUGCAAAGGAUCUUCAUAGUGGAGCGUAUGGAGGUGCUGUGCACGAGGCAAUGGCAGAUCUGAUCUACUUGCUGAACACUCUCGUUGAUAUAAACGGAAAAAUACUGGUAACAGGAAUUUAUGAUGAAGUCGCCCCUGAAACUGCGAAUGAGAAGGAUGUUUAUGAUCCAAUUGAAUUCAAUUUAUCUCACUUCAAGAGUGACAUUGGCUGUUCAAAAAUCAUCCACGAAGGAGAUAAGGUCAAAACUUUAAUGAGCCGGUGGCGAUACCCAAGCCUCUCGAUUCACGGCAUUGAAGGAGCUUUCAGCGGCACUGGUUGCAAAACUGUCAUACCCAUGCAAGUUAUCGGCAAGUUCUCUAUUCGUAUUGUUCCCAAUAUGACUCCAGAGAACGUUGAAAAAUGCGUUGUCAGUUAUCUGGAAAAAAAAUGGAGUGAAAGGAAGAGUCCCAAUGAAUUCAAGGCAUACAUGAUCGAUAGCGGGCGCAGUUGGGUUGCUGACUCCAGUCAUGAACAUUACGAAGCUGCUAGGAAAGCAACCAAGCAUGUUUACAAUGUGGAUCCUGAUUUCACGCGGGAGGGUGGAUCCAUUCCUGUAACGCUCACUCUUCAGGAAACCACUGGGAAGAAUGUCUUGCUUCUUCCUAUGGGAGCGUCUGAUGAUGGAGCUCAUUCUCAAAAUGAAAAAAUCGAUAUACGGAACUAUGUUGAAGGAACCAAAGUGAUGGCUGCAUACUUGUAUGAAGUGUCUAAACUGUCCAACUAACUGUCUAACUGUACUUAAAAAAAAGUCUCACCUGGUGCUACGCAACAUGCAGUGCUUCAAAAGUCACAGUCCUUUGAAACAUCAUGGUAUGGAAUACAUAAGAAACAGAUCAUGUUUUUAUGACGUCUAAUUGUGUUCAUUCAAUCAUUUAUUUAGAGUGUAUAGCUUUAAGUGAACAAAUAUGUUAGUCAAACAUGAC